CCCGCCCGCGCCGCCCUGCGCCCCACGGCCGGCAGAGGGCGCCCGCGAGCGGCUAAAAGGCUGGGCGGCGGCGGCGGCGGGCGGGCUCAGUGCGCAGCGCGGCGGGCAGGGCGCGCGGACCCGGGCGGACGGACGGACGGACGGACAAGCCGACCAAGGAUCCGCAGACAGCAGGGACCCGACGGCGACUCCUCCGCGUUCCCGGCGCACCGGCCGCCCCACACCCUGCACCCCGGGUGCCCAUGGCGCGGCUCGCGGCGCCCCUGCCCCGCACGGCGCUGCUGCUGCUCCUGGCCGCGCUGCUGCCCGCCGGCCGCCCGGCCGAGGUCCGAGCCGACCACCCACUGAAGCCAAGGCACGUGAGACUGCUGUCCAGUAAAAUGGGCGUGAAGGUCAUGUGGGACCCACCCAAAGAGGCCCGCAGUAGACCCGUGGAGUAUUACAACGUUGCCUACGGGAAGUCACUGAAAAGCCUUAAGCACGUCAAAGUGAAUGCACAGACAAUGUCCUUCCUCAUUGAGGACGUGGAGCCGGGGGUAGUGUACUUUGUGCUGGUUACUGCAGAGAACCACAGUGGAGUGAGCCGUCCUGUGUACAGAGCUGAGAGCCUGCCUGGAGGUGAAUGGCUCCAGAUUGAUGGUUUCCCCAGUAAGGUUCCAGGACCAUUUAAUGAAUCCGUCACAGAAAAGGAAGUCCCCAGCAAGCCCCUGCGGGUCCGGGUGCGGCCCUCUGAUGGCCAGCUGUCGGUGGCGUGGAAAGCACCCCGCCUGUCAGGAGCCAAGAGCCCCCGCAGAUCCAGGGGGUUCCUCCUGGGGUACGGAGAGAGCAGCCGGAAGAUGAACUACGUCCCACUGUCCAGGGAUGAACGCUCACACGACAUCAAAAAGCUGGCUUCGGAGUCUGUGUACGUGGUCUCCCUACAGUCCGUGAACUCCCAGGGCCAGAGCCAACCUGUCUACAGGGCCGCCCUCACCAAGCGCAAAAUGGCAGAAGAGGAUGAGCUGGACAUCCCUGAAGACAUCACCGUCAGGGUCAUGUCCUCCCAGUCGGUGCUGGUGGCCUGGGUGGAUCCGUUGCUGGAAAAACGAAAGAGACCGGCUGCCUCCAGACAGUACACCGUGCGCUACCGCGAGAAGGGAGAGUCAGCCAGGUGGGACUACAAGCAGAUCCCCAACCGACGUGUGCUGGUAGAACACCUGACCCCAGACACCAUGUAUGAAUUUGCGGUCCGGAUCUCUCAGGGGGAAAGAGACGGCAAGUGGAGCACCUCUGUCUUCCAAAGGACCCCGGAAUCUGCUCCAACCACAGCUCCUGAAAAUCUUAGGGCCUGGCCAGUCAACGGCAAGCCAACUGUUGUCACUGUCGCCUGGGAUGCCCUGCCUGAGACUGAGGGCAAAGUGAAAGAAUACAUUCUUUCAUACGCCCCGGCUCUCAAGCCCUUCGGAGCCAAGUCCCUCACCUACUCUGGAGAGACCACUUCUGCCCUGGUGGAUGGCCUGCAGCCUGGAGAACGGUAUCUUUUCAAAGUCCGGGCGGCAAACCGCAGAGGACCGGGACCUCACUCCAAAGCCUUCAUUGUCACCAUGCCAACAACCAGCACCCAAGAGGACUCAAAGGAAGACUGGGAACCCCAAAAGCCCACCUCCCCCCCAGGGAGGACUGCCCAGAACCGGCUUCUGGGUUUGAAGAGCAGAAUCCUGCCUCAGGGUGGGGGGCCCAGGAGACCCCAGCUCCGCUCUCAGGCCACAGGGCUCCAGCUCCAGUCCACACAGAUCACUGAGGAGGAGGAGGAGGACCAGAAGGAGGAGCUAGGGCCUCCUGGGGACCCCCAAGAGCAGAAGCCUCCCCAGCGCCCCCCAAGCAGAGCUGUGCCCUCAGUCCCGGCUGGGGGCAGGACUCCAGUGAGGGCCCGGCUGCCAGUGACCCCCAAACGAGGCUCCUUGCUCCCCCAGCCUCGUUCUGGAGCCCCCACUGAGGACAGGGCUCCACGCCCUUCUGGGGGGGCCUCUCCGAACCUGCCACCCAGCCCUGAGGACAAUGACUCCCUGCACCCAGAGGAGGAGGACACAGCCGCUGGCUUCCUGCAGCCCAAGGGCACAACCUCCCAGCAGCCCCCCAGGAGUGCCUCACGGUCCCGGCCAGCCCUGCCCCCCAGGCCCCCAUGGAACUCCAGUGCCCUGCGUGACAGGACCCCCAAACCAGCACUGCCACCACGGCGGGCGCCCCACUCCGGGACAGAGGAGGGGGAGGAGGGGGAGGACUCCGCCAUGUCUCACCCCCACCAGAAACUGUCCCCAUCCCAGCGGGGUUGGAAAUAUGGGCAGGAUGUUCCAGCCACCAAGUUCAGGGGCUCUUCUCGGCCUUCCUCCAGGACACAGGUGUCCCAGGGGGCCGGGGCUUCUGAUGAUGACGGGGACAGUGACACAGAACCCCCCCGGCACGCCAGCCCGGCCCGGCACAGGCCCCUGGCGGGACACAGCAGAUACCCCAGCAGACCUGGCAAUGGCUGGGGGCCCCGAGUACAGCCUUCCAGUCCCCUGAGGUCCACCUCAGCCCCCCAAAUUCACUCCAGGGUAAACAUAGACCCUACUCCUGACCCCAGGCAUGGAGAAGAGGAAGAGGAGGAGGAAGAUGAAGAGCCCCUCCCAGCUGCCUCCUCUAGGCAGCCUGUCUUGCGGGGCAGUGACCAGCUCCGAAGGGGCCCCCAGAGAGGGAGUAGUCUCCCUUGGAAGGAAGCCCAGACAGAGAGCCCCAGAUCUGCUGUGCCCAGGGCAGGGGCUCCCCACACACAGCUGAAUUCCCCGCGUUCCCGAGGGCCCCAGCACCCCCACACCGCCAGUUCCCGGGGGGUGCUCCCCACGUCUCCCCAGGAUCAGGAUCCGGAUGACAGCACCCAAGUGCAGGUCAAGGACACCCAAGUGGAGGCGGGGGACAGUCACCUUCGCAGGCCCCCAGGCCCCUUCCUGAGACCCAUCAGGCCCGGCCUCCCCCACCCCUACUCCCGCACCAGGGUCCCGGGCCGAGGGGGGCCCCAGGCACUGGGGAAGGACAGUGCACCCCCGCCCAAAAAGGAGGCCCCCAAGUCCAAGUCACUGCAGUCAGUGUCGGCUGAGGAAGAGGAGGAGGAGGGAGCUUCGGAGUUCCUGAAAGCAGAUCAGCUGGGGGCCUCGCUGACCCCCUUGGUGCCCAAGUGGCCUCCUGCCGCCAGCCCUCAGAACAGCAAGUACUCAGACACACACCUGACCAAGAAGGAGCGGAACCCAGGCCUCGAAGUCUCCCAGGAGGAAAACGCCACCCCAGCCAAGCACCCUCCUCCUCCAGCCAGCCCUCCCAAGGCCUCCCACCUCCCAGCCCGGCCCCCUGCCACUCGGAGCUCUGCAGUGGCCACCCCAGCUCGGCCAGGCUCCCCGACCCAUGCGCCCCUCCUCUCCCCCUCCACAACCCCCAUGCUCUCUCUGCGCCAGAGAAUGAUGCAGGCCAAGUACCGGAACCCUCUCUCCCGCCAGCCCGCCAGGGCCCCCUUCAGACAAGGUUCCAACGGCAGACCGAAUGGAGAAGGGAGAGUCCUUCCGGGAAGUAACGGAAAACCAAGCAGACAGAGAAUUAUCAACGGCCCCCAAGGAACAAAGUGGGUGGUGGAUCUCGACCGGGGUUUAGUGUUGAAUGCAGAAGGAAGGCACCUCCAGGACUCCCAUGGAAACCCUCUCCGCGUGAAGCUGGGAGGAGAUGGUCGCACCAUUGUGGACCAGGAGGGGACCCCUGUGGUUAGCCCUGAGGGUCUCCCCCUCUUUGGGCAGGGCCGACACAGUCAGCCCCUGGCCAGUGCCCAGGACAAGCCCAUCCUGAGUCUCGGAGGAAAGCCCCGGGUGGGCUUGGAGGUCGUCAAAACCACCACUCGAGUGCCCACCACAACCACGGCAGCCACCCAGAGGACAACUCCACAGCCCACCACCACCCCGACACCCACCACCACCCCGAUGCCCACCACCACCCCGACGCCCACCGCCAGCACCACUCGCCGAGCCAUCCCUUCUGCCCGUCGCAGGACCACGGCCCGUCCCACCACACAGAGCACCACCACCACCCCUGAGCCCACCACCCCUGCCCCCACCUGUCCCCCGGGGACCCUGGAGCAGCGCGAUGACACCGGCAACCUGCUUCUGGGCUCAGACGGGCUCCCCGAGUGCUACCGUGAAGAAGAUGACUUCUCGGGCCUGGAGACAGACAUGGCCGUCCCCACCGAGGACGACUAUGUUGUAUAUGAUGAAGACUAUGAAGCCAAGACCUCGAGACCCCCAGCCACCACCAGGCCUUCUCCCACCACGCCUGCUCUGCCCGAGACCACACCCCAAGAAAGUUCCAUUAGUUCUUUUCCGGAAGAAGAAUUUGAUCUGGCUGGAAAGAAGCGAUUUGUUGCCCCUUAUGUGACUUACCUAAGUAAAGACCCGUCCACGCCGUGCUCUCUGACCGACGCCCUGGAUCACUUCCAAGUGGAGAGCCUAGAUGAAAUCAUCCCCAACGACCUGGCGAGGAGCGGCCUGCCCCCACAGCACGCUCCCCGGAACAUCACUGUGGUGGCCAUGGAGGGCUGCCACUCCUUUGUCAUUGUGGACUGGGACAAAGCCACCCCAGGAGAUGUGGUCACAGGUUACCUGGUAUACAGCGCCUCCUAUGAGGACUUCAUCAGGAACAAGUGGUCCACACAGGCUUCCUCCAUGACGCACCUGCCCAUCGAGAACCUGAAGCCCAACACGAGGUACUAUUUUAAAGUUCAAGCCAAAAAUCCUCAAGGCUACGGUCCCAUUAGUUCUUCCGUUUCAUUUGUCACAGAAUCAGACAACCCUUUGCUUGUGGUGAGGCCGCCCGGUGGCGAGCCCAUCUGGAUUCCAUUUACCUUCAAACACGACCCUGCUUACUCUGACUGUCACGGGCGGCAGUACGUGAAGCGGACCUGGUACCGGAAGUUCGUGGGGGUGGUGCUGUGUAACUCGCUGAGGUACAAGAUCUACCUCAGUGACAACCUGAAAGACACAUUCUACAGCAUUGGGGACAGCUGGGGGAGAGGGGAAGACCACUGCCAGUUUGUGGACUCACACCUGGAUGGAAGAACUGGACCUCAGUCCUACGUGGAAGCCCUCCCCACCAUUCAAGGCUACUAUCGCCAGUACCGCCAGGAGCCGGUCAGCUUUGGCAGCAUUGGUUUCGGGACCCCCUACUACUAUGUGGGCUGGUAUGAAUGUGGCGUCUCCAUCCCUGGAAAGUGGUAACCACAGGACAGCCAUACCAGAAGUCGGCCCUGCCCAGCCCUCCUGGACAAACUCACGCAAGGACUUAGAGCAGGACAAGAUUGUGUCUCCAGCCCCAUGGUCCCCCUGCUGUCAGCCCUGUGAAGGGCACUGGGAUUCUCAGACUGUCUUCUGUCUGGAACUCAGGGGCCAUCCUCUGACUCGGUGAAAUUUCCCCUACAUUUUAGGCGCAAAAUUCAGACGCUUCGGUCUCUCCAAGGGGACAACAUACGGUGCUGUGCUUGCUUCAAGGGAUGCUACACACACUUCUCUUUUCCCAUCGGGCUUCUCCACAACAGACUGAAAUCUAGCUUCUCAGUGCUUUCUGUGGAAACAAAUGGCUAAAAAAGGCCGCCCAAGGAAAUGUAUCCUCCUCAGAUUCACUCCGUGGACUUGCCCAGGGCUCGACGAGGUGUACAGAGCUGAUGUGUGACUCGUCCUUGUCGAGACCUGCGUGUCUGUCUGUAUAUAUGCACAUUCAGCCACACGUGUCUGCAGAUGUGGAUUAAAACAGCUGCCUCUG